UAAAGGAUAUAUCACUUGAUGUAGUAAAGUGUAAUAAGUUCCUGUAAAAAAGCAGUAUUCAUAUAAAAGUUUUAUGUCCAUUUGUUCAAACAAAUGCAUACAAUGAUCGUAUUGAAGUUUAUAGGUCUUGUUUAUUUACCAUUUGUAACAUUCGGGAAUAAAUUAGAUUUUCCCCAAAGUCGUACAAUUAUCUCAUGUGAAGAUGAGAAAAGAAACAUAUCUUGCGCCUAUGGAAACCUUUCUAUUGAAAAGGUGAUCUUUCCACAACAAGGCUCACGAUGCAAUACUGUACGUUAUUGUGACGACAAGGCGACACAGAUACAGUCACUAUGUAAUGGACAGAAAUGGUGUGAAGUGGGUACAAACGCCUUCAUACAUGGCCGUUGUACAAAAGUUCCAAGACAUAUUGUUUUGAAUUAUGCUUGCUCUCAUAUAGAUGCCUGGAAUAGACUUAUACAAAGCAACCAAGGACGUGUGGUAUGUGGGUCUUUAAAAGACGUACAGUGCAAUUUGCAUUAUACUGAGGUCAUAAGUUCUUCAAAAGCUAAAUAUGAUUAUGACUAUCACGAUUCCUGUGAAAAAACGAAAGAAAACAUUCAAGGAUGCUUAACAAAUGGAAUUAUAUCUGCAUGUGAUAAAAAGUAUACGUGUGACGAGACGAAAAUUAGAAACACAUACUGUUUCUUUAAACCGUUUAGAAUAGAGAUAACCUACAGCUGUGAUCAAGGCCCAACCAAGACUAAUAUGAAGUCUAUUUCGAGAGAUUCAAUAUUCAAACCAUCGAUAAAUCGGACUUCUACUAAACAACAAUAUGAUGAAGGUACAGGGAAUGUUCUACAUGGUACGUGCUUGAUCUUCAAUUUUCAAGGUACUAAAUAUUAUAUGCAGGUUAAGUUAGACACUGAUUUCAGAGUUUUGAUAUAUGAUGAAAGGCAAAAUAAAAGUUUUGUCCUGUGUCCAAAUAUAUGGACUGAUACACACGCAACUAUUGUUUGCCGACAGUUUAAUUUGUCAGACAUUGGAUUUGCGGUUACAGUGAGUAGACAAGAUUGUUACAAACAACUACACGUUGAUGUAAAUUGUUCUGGUUAUGAAUCAACAUUGCUUCUGUGCCGAUUUGACAGAUCAUCGGAGACGUUUUGUGAAAACAGUGACGCCGCUGUUCGCUGUACAACAUUAAACACAAAUCCUGUCUCAUCAACUGAAGUAAUUGUACCACCAUCUAUUCCUUCAAAUAUGACAGGAACAGAAAUUGGUGUUAUUUCGUCAAUAGUAUUCAUUGCCACUGUAUUGUUUGUUAUCGUCAUCAUAUACAGGAAAAAUAAAAAGUGGAAACAUAAUUCUGAAUCGAACAUAUCAAUACCAAUAAAUUACCAGAAUUUACACAGAAACGAUGGUUUAAAUGAAACGUCUAAUUUGUAUGUUGAUGCAAAUGCUACAAACGGUCCAUAUUCUCGUCUUGCUGCAAGUGUAGAAACAGAAAAUACGUCAUACCCAUUAAAUGAUCCUCAAAGGGGACAUAUAUAUGUGGACCAUUUGGAUGGAAUGGAAGGAAACAUGGAGAACAAUUAUUUUCUUAUUGAACCAAGUGAAUCAGAAGCAACUAUGGACCAUAGCUAUUCAGACAUAGAUAAUCUUGUUGCAUCUUCUUCAAGUAGAUUGCAACGAAAUUCACUCGACCAAAAUAAUUAUUUUGUCCUAGACCCGAAUGAAACAAGACGUUUAAACAAUGUAGAUAACUAUUCGGAAAUAAAAGAUUCUUUACUAACAACCGUAAAAGAAAGGAAUGAAGCCUCGAAAUCAAACAAUUAUGACCAUUAUGCUAUUUCAAAAGAAGGUGUGUAUGAUGAAACUAAUAAUCGACGUCACGUUAACCAUGAUGACGUUAAUAUCUACGAUCGGUCUCUUGGUGACGCCUAUGACAGUAUGACCUGUAUGAAGACUAAAACAAAAGACAUUACAUACGAUCAUUUACCACAACCAAACUAUGAUAAUGAUAAAAUAAAUAAUUAAUGUAAUAACACUUUGUUUGGUGACUGUAUGAAAAAUUCAUUUUUUGUCUAUCGAAAAGUAGGUUAGCACAAAUUAUAUUCACGAGGUACCAGAAGACAAGUUACAGAUUUAAAUAAAAGAAUAUAUAGUAUGAUUUCUUAUGAGACAACAAACCAUUUAACCAUUAAACCCGAAUCACUCAUAUGUCAUCUUUAAUAAUUAGCAAACCCCAUUCUUUAUAGAAAUACAUUUCAAAAAGGUUCCAGAAUGUAAGAAAAUCUGAAAUAUACUACACAAUAAACGAAAAAAAUUAUUAUGGCAGACAUCAAUCAUCCACAUGACGGAUUAUAUGCUACUGUCUGGGACGGAAGAGGAUAUACAUGUUCAAAACUUGUUAACUUUACAUAAUACUGGUAUCAAAUAUAACAAUAUUUGUAUGUUAAUUGUUUCUAUCGU